CUAAUUUUAAUAAAUUACAUUAUGUUUUGUAGCUACAAGUCCUAGCUCUUUAUUUUACGGUAUAAAAACAGUCUGCAUGUAAAGUAAGUAUACACAAUGGAGAAAAUAGUGGUUAAAAGAGAACCAGAAGAAGUAGGCGACGAUUUCAAAGGAAAUAUGAUGAAUUACGAUGAACCUGCAACAUCUGUGAUAGUGAUAAAACAAGAAAUCAAAGAAGAAUUUAAUGAUGGUGACAACUCCAUGCACAGUGAUGAAUAUGGGUUGAAAGAAGAAACAGAAACGUCCACGGAUGACAGAGUUGAGCAAUGCGAAAUAAAAUUUGAAGCUGAAGAUGAAACGCUUCUCAAUAAAGGGAGUGACAGUGAAGAUGUAAAUGAAGAUAUACUAGAGAAACUACUGCUUCCAGAAGGAAGUCGUGUUGGCAAAGAAAAAUUGUUGGAAUGUGAUAUUUGUGCUAGAAAAUAUCAAUCAAAGGAAGGUUUGAGGAGACAUAAAAAGUUUUUUCAUAAAAAAGACGAGCAAGUGCUCUUUAAAUGUGGCCAAUGCGAUUAUAAAACUGCAGACAGAUGUCAUUUAAAAAGGCAUUCAAAUAAUAUUCAUGAGAAAAAAAAUUACCUGAAAUGUAAUUUUUGUGAGUAUACGACUCCUCUUUUGGUUUAUCUAAAUGAACACAAAUUAAGAAAGCAUAAAGGGGAAAAUGAAGUGGAAAUAACGAGUAAAAUUUAUCGGUGCAUUAAAUGCGAAUAUUCAACUGUCAGAAAAUCACAUUAUGAAAAUCACGUGAAAGUGUGUUUGAAAUUGAAAAAUGUUGAAUGGUAUAAAUGUCACAUUUGUCAGUACAAAACUAUUAGAAAAUUCGACUUAAGAACUCAUUUAAAAAAACAUGAUGAAAUAAAAAAAUUGAAAUGUUUAUUUUGCAACUAUAAAUGUAACAUAAAGCAACAUCUAGACAACCAUAUUUUAACAAAGCAUUUGGAUUUGUUGAACGAAUCAAAUAUAAAUCUUAUCACUUCCAAAUUUCACACAUGCGAACAUUGUAACUAUAAAACUACAGGUGCCAAUGGUUUGAAAAAACAUAUAAACAAUAAUCAUAGAGAAUCUAUUUUAACAGAAAGUCCAAAGUUUGUUUAAUUUUAAGUUGUUAAUAAAUUAUUA